AUGUUUUCUCCGCGGAAAGAAAAGGGGACGGGCACGGUACCGGUGAAGAACGCGGCACACAUCGCUGCCACGAUGAACCACGUUGAGGACCGCCAUUUCAAGCCCCAUACGGGCGUAGUCGCUGAGUUUUCCAUCGCACACGUUGAGAUGGGAAACUUGGAGACUUUUCAACUUAAUGCGGGGAGCGGAAAGUUAUAUGGACCGGAAGCUGAAGUGACGGCAUUUAGGGGGAAAAAGCAGCCUGACCCUUGCUUGGAUGCAAAUCAAUAG